AUGAUGAAACCAGGAAACGAAAUGCGCAUUUUAGCAGGUCUUCUGAUGAUUUUCGUAUCCGAUUUUAACAACAUACAGGCGAUAGAUGCGUCCACCAAUCAGUUCGCUCUAGCGUCCCUGGCAGGAAGUAUUGCCUUGAUAGCAUCUCAGAAUGGAGUGGUUGACUUGGUCGUGAACGAUAUUGUACUUCUGACAGGGAUAGUUUUAUUUAUUACCUUUCCAAGAACGCCAACGCAGAGAAAUGGCGAGGAGACACAAGUUACCUGUGGGUCUCCUCCCGUCAUACCGAACGCCCAAGGUCCCCCUCCCUCGGGUCCAUUCCCCGUGGGUUCUUCAUACCGAUAUACAUCUUGUGUCGCGGGUUACGGCUCCUCCGGGGACCCCUCCACAACUUGUCAGGCCGACGGACAAUGGUCACCUGUAGUCUUCCAAUGCAGAGCAUUAGCAGACUGCUCUGCAGUUUUGAGGGCAGAUUCCGGUGCCAGCGGAAAUGACGGAGUGUAUACAAUUAUCCCGGAUGGUACGACCCAGAAACAAGUCUUCUGUGAUAUGACGACAAACGGUGGCGGGUGGACAGUCAUACAGCGGCGAGAGGAUCAAUCAACAGAUUUUUUUAGAACUUGGGAAGAGUACAAGGCAGGAUUUGGAAAUCCUUCUCAAAAUCACUGGAUAGGAAAUGAAGUUCUUUAUCACUUAACAAAGGACCAGAACAAAGACCUUGUAGUUAAUCUUCAACGUUUUAACGGUCAAACGGCGGAGGCCAGAUACACUACAUUUUAUAUUGGGGAUGAAAGCAGCAAGUACCUACUCACUGUGUCCUCCUUCUCAAGUACUGGGAAUGUGGAUCCUGGUGACUCCAUGGCAAUUCAUAAUGGAAAGAAAUUCUCCACUAAGGACCAGGAUAACGAUGAGUCUACCGGAAGCUGCGGACAGGAUGCAGAGGGUGCGUGGUGGUACGGCGCCUGUUAUGACGUCAACAUUAACGGAAAGUACGCCAACUCCGCUAUAACAGGCAAUAAUUACAUCCGGUGGGAAACGUGGGUAGACGAGGCGCUCCAAAAGACGAAAAUGAUGAUAAGGCCGUCAACUUGAACAAUUGUCCUAUAUCAUUUGCUUGGAUUUAUUAUGAAU